AUGGACGCGUUCCUGGCCUUCUUUUUCUCUUUCUUCUCGCCUUCCGUCACGGGCUCGUCGGUUGUUGGCGCCAUGGCUCCCAGGCUGUACCAGUAUGUCACGGGUCUGUUGGCACUGCAGACAGCGUUUGGGAAUCCGAUUGCGAGUGCGCCAUGUCCGUCUGGGACGCCGUCGCCGCCGGGAUUGGAGGCUGGGCAUUUGGGAGCUGUCGCGUCAGAGAGCGAUGUCUGUAGUCACAUUGGCAUUGAGUUGCUGAAGCAGGGGGGAAAUGCGGCGGACGCGCUGGUUGGAACGGUAGCUUGUGUGGGUGUGGUUGGGAUGUACCACUCUGGGAUUGGCGGCGGCGGCUUCAUGAUCGUCCGCGCGCCCAACGGGACCUACGAAUUCAUCGACUUCCGAGAGACGGCUCCCGCCGCGGCCUUUGAAGACAUGUACAAGGACAACGAAGACGCAUCUCUUGAAGGCGGGCUGGCUUCCGGUGUCCCAGGCGAACUGCGAGGUCUGCAGCACCUCCACGAAAACUACGGCGCGCUACCCUGGUCCACCGUGCUGUUGCCCGCUGUAAAAGUGGCCCGCGAAGGCUGGACUGUCAACGAGGAUCUGGUCCGGUAUAUGGACUCUGCCAUCAGCUCUGCGGGGGAGAACGCAACAUCGAAUUUCCUCGUCGACGAUAUCGAAUUCGCCAUCGACUUCGCGCCCAAAGGAAGGUUACUGAAGCUGAACGAAACGAUCACCAGAAAGAGAUACGCAGACACCCUGGAGACAAUCGCGCUCGAAGGACCAGAUGCAUUCUACUCCGGCCCCAUCGCAGAAGCCACCAUCCGCGCCCUCCAAUCCGCCAACGGCACCAUGACACUGUCCGAUCUGGCGAACUACACCGCAGCCAUCCGCAAGCCCUCGACCAUCACAUACCGAGACUACAAGCUCACGGCCUGCAGCGCCCCCAGCGGCGGCGAAGUCGCCCUCUCCGUGCUCAAGAUAAUGGAAGGCUACAGCGGCGUCGGCGACCCCUCAAACAUCAACCUGACCACGCACCGGCUCGACGAAUCCAUGAAAUUCGCCUACGGCAUGCGCGCCGAGCUGGGCGACCCGUCCUUCCUCCCCGGCAUUGACGCCUACCAAACCUCCAUGGUCUCCGCGCAAACCGCGGCCGAAAUCCGCAGCAAGAUCAGCGACACGCAGACCUUCAACGUGAGCUACUACGACCCGAAAGGGCUGGAGUCGCUCGAGACACCGGGGACCAGCCACGUCGUGACAGCCGACCACACGGGGCUGGCCAUCAGCCUGACCACGACCGUGAACCUGCUGUUCGGCAGCAAGCUGGUGGUCCCCGAGACGGGCGUCAUCAUGAACAACGAAAUGAACGACUUCAGCAUCCCCGGCACCACGAACGCCUUCGGCUACAUCCCCUCGCCCGCGAACUAUGUCCGCCCCGGCAAGCGCCCGCUGUCCAGCAUCAGCCCCGUCAUCGUCGAGCACCUCAACUCCACGCUCGCAGACGCGUUCUACAUCGCCGUCGGCGCGGCGGGCGGCUCGCGCAUCAUCACGGCGACGAUCCAGAAUAUCAUGCAUCUGCUAGACGGCGGGAUGACGACAGCGGAGGCGCUCGCGAUGCCGCGGAUACACGACCAGCUGGUGCCGGCGCAGGUCAGCUUCGAGUAUGCGUUUGAUAAUGCGACGACGGCGUUUCUGAGCGAGCUGGGCGCGAAUGUGACGUGGGUGGCGCCGGGGCAGAGUACGGCGCAGGGACUGAGGAGAUUGGAGGAUGGGAUGUUUGAGGCGGCGGGGGAGCCGAGGCAGAGUAAUUCCGCGGGCAACGCUAAGCAUCUUGAAUGCACUGCAAGCCUUCGUCUAGCCACACGAGAACACAGCCAAACCAGGGUCUGGUAUCCCAUCAGAUCUGUCACGCAGAACACCAUGAUGCGCAGAGACCGUCACAAAGCGAGUCGGGCCAGCAAGCAACAAGUGAACUGCAUAACUUUUCUAACAAGAAGCCGAGCGCGGCGAAUGACCAACGCUCAACAUGCUAUCAACACAGGCGAAAAGUGCCAUCAACGCCAAACCAACCCAUGCUCGAAGGAGACCCAAUAUGCCCACAUGCCACCUCUUUCUAUCAAAGCCGCAAAUGCUGCCCCCUCUCACCAUAGCCAAGCAUAG